AUGGUUGGUUCUUUCUGGAGCAGACCAAAGGAGAACUUGAAUGUUUCCAUAUGUGUGCAGGUUUGACUCUCAGUCACAUCAGAUAUUAUCCUGGAUCACUCUGAGGUUUCUCUGUCUCGUCCUGACUGCAGGUCUCUGCAGGGUCCUGCUGUGUGACUGGAGCUGGACUCUGGUUCCUGGGUGUUGGUCAGUGAUUUCAUGUCUGUUUGUGUUUGUAGACUUUGACUGUUCAGUGAUGAGAGUGUGACCGCGUCCUCAGAUUAUUGAUGAUGAACUGAUGAAGGACGAUCAGCUGCAGUCUCUCUCUUUGUCUUUCUGCUACAGGUGAAACAGGAAGUGGAUCUGAAUUCACCUGGUGAGUAUUUUCUUCAUUCUGUCAAACAUCAAACUGAAAGUUUUCACAUGUCUUCAUCAUUUUGAACAGAACUGGACUCUGAAAGGAUCCAGAUGAGCUCUCGAGUAAACAGGAAUGACUGUGGCUCCAUCUAGUGGUAGAAUCUGGAAUGACACUGUGGUAGAGGACAGUAUGUGGCUCAGGAUGUACUGACUGAGUAUGUUGUUGUGUUUGUGUGAAGGUGGGGGCUCUGCUAUGAAUCAGUGUGAGGACAGAGAGGAGGGGGCCCCUCCCUCUAAAACCACUCUGUGGGGGGAACAUGAGAGCCAGACCAAAGUUCAGAGGUGAGAUGAGGAUCUCCAACUGUCCAUGACUCUUCUCCAUGUCAGAGUUCAGCACUCACAUCACUCCACCAUCACUAUUAUUCACACUCAGACCUCUGUCUGUCUGUCUGUCUGUCUGUCUAAGACCUGAACGGCAGUGCAGACCAGACUCUCCAGGACCUGGACCCAGCUGUGUGUCCUUCAAGAGUGACUGGUCUAAGGAUGGAUGGAUUGAUUUUAAAGUUGGACAUCAGUCUGAUCAUCAAAAGUAAUAAUCUAUAACAGCAGCACUCAAACCUGGAAGAUUUUCAGUGUUCUUGUUUCUUCAUCAGUGUUUGUGUUUCUGUCAGAGUCAAACAUGAGAGACCAGACUCUCCUGGACCUGGACCUGGACCCAGCUGUGUGUCCUUCAAGAGUGACGGGUCUAUGGACAGACCUAUUAAUUACAAAGAAGGAGAGAUUUGUGAUGAGCAAAGGUGAGCCUUUCAAACUGAACUUUCUUUUGUUGUGAAACUUUUCAUCCUAACUGUGGUCGGUGUUUUCUCUGUGAAGGUGAAGAUUUUUCAGGGUUUGUGUUUCUAUCAGGAUCCAACAGCAGUAAACAGGAUCUGAGCCAGAAAGAACUGGACUCUGCAUGUAUCUUCAUGUGUGUCUGUAGGAGGAUCCAGCAGUGUUUCUACCAGGAUCCUCUAGAUAGACUCUCUCACAUGUAACCCUGUGUCUCCUUAUAUUAUAUCCACUACAUUAGAUUCUGUUUGUUCCACAGAGUUCAGCAGCAGAGAUCAGAGAUUCCCAUUGGUCAUUCUGCCCAGCAGCAUCAAACACAGCUGGACUCCAUAUUUAUGGUAGGUGUAAAUGUACAAACACAGCUCCUACUGAUCAUCAGAGCAGACACUCAGUAUAUUUGGAGGUUUCUGGAUUGUUUCCUAAUGACUCUGCAAACAUCAUCUCUGCCUGAAUUAUCUUCACACUCACAGUUUGACUGAUUGAAUGAAGCCUCACAGUUAUGACCGUCACAGAGUCAGAGGUCAGAGGUCAUGGUGGAUGGUGGUCUCACACAGACUCAGACUUUGGCAGCAGAGAGCAGAGUUCACAAACUGAGUCCAGUUUGAGGUUGAAAGAGCAGAAAGACUUUGGUUCAUGUCGAUGACAGCUGCUGCUUUCAGCUUCAUUCUAAUAAACACAUCACCUCUAAAGUCACUGCAGACUUUUUCUCCAUGAAACCACACCAGGAGGUUUCUCCAAUAUGAAGGUCAGGUCAUAGAAACUGGAUUUGUAGAAGACAGGACCAUCCAUAAAGUCAGUCCUGAAGCAGCAUUGUGAUCCAGUCUCCAUGCUGGACUCUGCAGACCAGCAGGCUUUCUGUCUGUCUCAGAUGAUCUGAUGUUCAGUUCUACAAGUUCAAGUACAUAUUUUGUUCUGUUCCAGCUGCUCCAGGAGAACAUGAUCAGCUUUGUAAAGGAGCAGCUGAAGGAGAUCCAGAGAGUUCUGAGUCCAGAUGAACCAGAAUACUUAGAGAGUCAGAGGGAGGAUGAGGAUGAAGAGCAGAGGAGGAGCAGAGAGGCAUUUCUGAAGAUCACUGUGAACUUCCUGAGGAGAAUGAAGCAGGAGGAGCUGGCUGACUGUCUGCAGAGCAGUAAGAGGAUUUGAAAAGAUUUAACAUGAUGGAGACAACAUGGGAGAGGUUUAGAGUUCAGACUCUGCUGUUCAUAUGAUGCACACAUUUGUAUCACAUCUAUGAACUGAGAGAAACUGAUCACAGCUGAUGAGCUGAAGAGAUUUCAGAGAGGAGGGAAAUCAAAUCCAUCCUGAUGUCUUCAAGUGUAAAUUCAUCAGACUGAUUGUAGCUUCAGAUGAUUCAUCACAUUUCUCUUUGUUCAUUCAGGAUCUGCUGCUGCAGAGUGCCGACACAAACUCAAGUCCAACCUGAAGGAGAAGUUCCAGUGUGUGUUUGAGGGGGUUGCUAAAGCAGGGAACCCAACCCUUCUGAACCAGAUCUACACAGACCUCUACAUCACAGAGGGAGGGACUGGAGAGGUCAACGAUGAACAUGAGGUCAGACAGAUUGAAACAGCAUCCAGGAGAGCAGAGCGACCAGAAACAACCAUCAGACAAGAAGACAUCUUUAAAGGCUCACCUGGAAGACAGGAACCAAUCAGAACAGUGAUGACAAAGGGAGUGGCUGGCAUUGGGAAAACCGUCUUAACACAGAAGUGGACUCUGGACUGGGCUGAAGACAAAGACAACCAGGACAUCCACUUCACAUUUCCAUUCACCUUCAGAGAGCUGAAUGUGCUGAAAGAGAAGAAGUUCAGCUUGGUGGGACUUGUUCAUCACUUCUUCACUCAAACCAAAGAAGCAGGAAUCUGCAGCUUUCAACACUUCAGGGUCGUGUUCAUCUUUGACGGUCUGGAUGAGUGUCGACUUCCUCUGGACUUCCACAACAAUCAGGUCCUGACUGAUGUUACAGAGUCCAGCUCAGUGGAUGUGCUGCUGACAAACCUCAUCAGGGGGAACCUGCUUCCCUCUGCUCGCCUUUGGAUAACCACAAGACCUGCAGCAGCCAAUCAGAUCCCUCCUGAGUGUGUUGACAUGGUGACAGAGGUCAGAGGCUUCACUGACCCUCAGAAGGAGGAGUACUUCAGGAAGAGGUUCAGAGAUGAGGAGCAGGCCAGCAGAAUCAUCUCCCACAUCAAGACAUCCAGAAGUCUCCACAUCAUGUGCCACAUCCCGGUCUUCUGCUGGAUCACUGCUACAGUUCUGGAGGAUCUGCUGAAGACCAGAGAGGGAGGAGAGCUGCCCAAGACCCUGACUCAGAUGUACAUCCACUUCCUGGUGGUUCAGUCCAAACUGAAGAACAUCAAGUAUGAUGGAGGAGCUGAGACUGAUCCACACUGGAGUCCAGAGAGCAGGAAGAUGAUUGAGUCUCUGGGAAAACUGGCUUUUGAGCAGCUGCAGAAAGGAAACCUGAUCUUCUAUGAAUCAGACCUGACUCAGUGUGGCAUGGAUAUCAGAGCAGCCUCAGUGUACUCAGGAGUGUUCACACAGAUCUUCAGAGAGGAGAGAGGACUGUACCAGGACAAGGUGUUCUGCUUCAUCCAUCUGAGUGUUCAGGAGUUUCUGGCUGCUCUUCAUGUCCACCUGACCUUUACCAACUCUGGAGUCAACCUGAUGAAAGAAGAACAACAAACAACAUCUACAAUCUCUAAAAUCUUCAGUGUCAAACCAAAACUGAAACAUCUCCAUCAGAGUGCUGUAGACCAGGCCUUACAGAGUCUGAACGGACACCUGGAUUUAUUUCUACGUUUCCUCCUGGGUCUUUCUCUGCAAACCAAUCAGAAUUUCCUGAGAGGUCUGCUGACACACACAGGAAGUGGCUCACAGACCAAUCAAGAAACAGUCCAGUACAUCAAGAAGAAGAUCAGAAAGGAUCUGUCUGCAGAGAAAAGCAUCAAUCUGUUCCACUGUCUGAAUGAACUGAAUGAUCGUUCUCUAGUGGAGGAGAUCCAACAGUCCCUGAGAUCAGGACGUCUCUCCACAGAGGAACUGUCUCCUGCUCAGUGGUCAGCUCUGGUCUUCAUCUUACUGUCAUCAGAAAAAGAUCUGGACGUGUUUGACCUGAAGAAAUACUCUGCUUCAGAGGACGGUCUUCUGAGGCUGCUGCCAGUGGUCAAAGCCUCCAACAAAGCUCUGUAGGUGGACACAUGAGAGAUGAAACAUUAUUGUUCAUGAGAGAUGAAACUUUGUGUCUGUGCUAAUCACUGAUUCUUCUUCAGGUUGACUGAAUGUAAACUGUCCGAGAGAAGCUGUGAAGCUCUGUCCUCAGUCCUCAGCUCCCAGUCCUCCAGUCUGAGAGAGCUGGACCUGAGUAACAAUGACCUGCAGGAUUCAGGAGUGAAGCUGCUGUCUGCUGGACUGACGAGUCCUCACUGUAAACUGGAAACUCUCAGGUCUCUGUGAAGUUAAAUAUUAAAAUUUAAUCGGUAUGGGAUUAAAAAAACGGAAUAAUCAGAAACUGAUAAAUAUUUCACUUUAAGGAAGGACAAGUUUGAAUAGUGAAAGUCAGUCCCUUUUUUGUAAGAUUGCCAUUUAACACCAUUGAAAGAUGAAAACACAAAAACAGAAACAAACACUUAAAUUAAAGAUGAAUUAAGCCUUUUAAAUAACAGUACAACUGUAAUUUAACAUGAAUAAAGAUUUUUUUUUGUAUUAUUUUCUUAGGUUUACUAGAUGUAACUUGUCAGACAGAAGCUGUGAAGCUCUGUCCUCAGUCCUCAGCUCCCAGUCCUCCAGUCUGAGAGAGCUGGACCUGAGUAACAAUGACCUGCAGGAUUCAGGAGUGAAGCUGCUGUCUGCUGGACUGACGAGUCCUCACUGUAAACUGGAAACUCUCAGGUCUGUGUGAAGUUAAAUAUUAAAAUUUUAUUGGUAUCAGAGUAAAAAAACAAUAUCCAGAAACAGAUAAAUAUUUUACUUUCAAGGACGGACAAGUUUGAAUAGUGAAAGUCAGUCCAUUUUUUGUAAGAUUGCCAUUUAACACCAUUAAAAGAUGAAAGCACAAAAAAAGAAACAAACACUUUUAUUGAAGAUGAAUUCUGCCUUUUAAAUAACAGUACAACUGUAAUUUAACAUGAAUAAAGAUUUUUUAUUUAUCUUCCCAUUUUUUUUUAGGUUUCCUGGAUGUAAACUGUCAAAGAGAAGCUGUGAAGCUCUGUCCUCAGUCCUCAGCUCCCAGUCCUCCAGUCUGAGAGAGCUGGACCUGAGUAACAAUGACCUGCAGGAUUCAGGACUGAAGCUGCUGUCUGCUGGACUGAAGAGUCCUCACUGUAAACUGGAAACUCUCAGGUCUGUAUCAGGUUGAACAUAAAACUUUUCUCUGUCAGAUCACAAAACCACAGAAACAAAAGCAUCAAUAAAACAGAGAGCUACUUACUGCACUUAUCUCAUGAUCUUGUGAUAAAUUUGGUCAAGUCAAGAGAGUUAACUAAUUCAAUAGGAUCUGGUUUGAAUGACUUUAUUUCAACUGAUGAAAAAGAAACUGAAAAAAACAAUUUAUGAUAUUAUAGAUGAAAAGAAACAUCCAUGAUUUUUGAUUAUCAGUGAAACAAAAGAGCUUAUUUGUUCAAAUAUCUUCAUGUCUGUUCAGGUUGAGUGGAUGUAACCUGUCAGAGAGAAGCUGUGAAGCUCUGUCCUCAGUCCUCAGCUCCCAGUCCUCCAGUCUGAGAGAGCUGGACCUGAGUCACAAUGACCUGCAGGAUUCAGGAGUGAAUCUGCUGUCUGCUGGACUGAAGAGUCCUCACUGUAAACUGGAAACUCUCAGGUCUGUGUGAAGUUAAAUAUUAAAAUUUGAUCUUAAGAGAUGAAAAAAAAAGAAAAUAAAACUAAAUGAGAUAUAAAUUGAGCAACUAAUUAUCAUUUCAGUCUUAGGAAGGACAAAACUGAAAUUUUUUUAUGUUGGCUGUUUCAUACCAUCAGGGGAUGGACACAAAAUAAUUAAAUGCUGCACUGAAGAGUAAAAAAGCCUUUGAAUAACAUUAAAACUUGUAUUUAGCUCAUAGAAAUGAAUUUUUUUUUUCAAUAUUACCCAAUUUCUUUAGAUGUACUGGAUGUAACCUGUCAGAGAGAAGCUGUGAAGCUCCGUCCUCAGUCCUCAGCUCCCAGUCCUCCAGUCUGAGAGAGCUGGACCUGAGUCACAAUGACCUGCAGGAUUCAGGAGUGAAUCUGCUGUCUGCUGGACUGAAGAGUCCUCACUGUAAACUGGAAACUCUCAGGUCUGUAUGAAGUUAAAUAUUAAAACUUUAGUCUGUCAGAUCACAAAACCACAGAAACAAAAACAUUAAUAAAACAGAGAGCUACUUACUGCUCUUUUUUAUAUUAAGUCAGAUCUUGUUAAGAUGAUAAUUCAAAGUAAUGAGAGAGAAUUUUCUUUUUAAAGAUUAUGGUAUGUUCAAAGAAGUAGAGGCAAACGCAUCUACUACCUUUAAUUAUCAAUAAAACGAAACACCUUAUUUUAUUCAAAUAUCUCCAGGUUUACUAGAUGUAACCUGUCAGAGAGAAGCUGUGAAGCUCUGUCCUCAGUCUUUAGCUCCCAGUCCUCCAGUCUGAGAGAGCUGGACCUGAGUCACAAUGACCUGCAGGAUUCAGGAGUGAAGCUGCUGUCUGCUGGACUGAAGAGUCCUCACUGUAAACUGGAAACUCUCAGGUCUGUAUCAGGUUGAACAUAAAACUUUAGUCUGUCAGAUCACAAAACCACAGAAACAAAAACAUUAAUAAAACAGAGAGCUACUUACUGCUCUUUUUUAUAUUAAGUCAGAUCUUGUUAAGAUGAUAAUUCAAAGUAAUGAGAGAGAAUUUUCUUUUUAAAGAUUAUGGUAUGUUCAAAGAAGUAGAGGCAAACGCAUCUACUACCUUUAAUUAUCAAUAAAACGAAACACCUUAUUUUAUUCAAAUAUCUCCAGGUUUACUAGAUGUAACCUGUCAGAGAGAAGCUGUGAAGCUCUGUCCUCAGUCCUCAGCUCCCAGUCCUCCAGUCUGAGAGAGCUGGACCUGAGUCACAAUGACCUGCAGGAUUCAGGAGUGAAGCUGCUGUCUGCUGGACUGAAGAGUCCUCACUGUAAACUGGAAACUCUCAGGUCAGGUUUUCUGCUGAUUCAGUUUUGUAGUUGUUUGAAUGAAAUUGUCUCACGUUGGUACAUUUUUCCUUGUUUCAUAUCUUUUUUCUGACUUCAGGUUAUCAGGCUGUCUGAUCACAGAAGAAGGUUGUGCUUCUCUGGCCUCAGCUCUGAGCUCCAACCCCUCACACCUGAGAGAGCUGGACCUGAGCUACAAUCAUCCAGGAGACUCAGGAGUAAAACUGCUGUCUGCUGGACUGAAGAAUCCUCUAUGGAGACUGGAUACAGUGAGGUAUAACCAGACAGUUACUGAGUCACACACAACUACAGAUAUAUUUGGUUUCUUCUUCCUGAGGUCUUCACUUAGCAGGUCAUCAUUGUGGACCAUCUUUCUGAAGGACUCUUGGAUGUGAACAGUUUUAUCCUGGAUAGUAGCUCUGGCGCUCACUAGUUCUCAGCCUCCCUCCUUCCUCUUUGUGUAGACCCUCAGGGUUCUGGAUUUAGGGUGAAAACCUCUAUUUGAGUAUUUUGAUGAGCUUUCUUGUCUUGAUGUCAGUGGUCUUUAUUUAUAAAGAACCAUUUUUAAAUGCUCUUUAUGGAGGACCGCAAGGGUGGCUGAAAUUAAAAUAAAGUAUUUUUAAUUGAAAAAGUUAUUGUACUAUUGAAACAGGAAUUCAUAAAGUGGUUUCCAAAUUCACAAGUUCAUCCAUGAACAAAUCCAGGAAUUAUAAAAAGAUUCUACAAAUGAAUCUUUAAAUUGUACAAAAGUUUAUUCUUUAACCCUUUGGUUCCUGUUAAUUUUCAGCUCCAUCCAGCCUACUUUGUCUCCAAAACAGUUAAGUGUUGAUAAAAUAAUCAUUUUUAAACAUUUUUUCUUACUUUUUUGAUUCUUAAACAACUUCAACCAUUAAAAAGUGAUGAAUGAAGAAUUCUAUGUAUGACACUUUUUAUGUCAGUUUUUGUUCACCAUGUCAUAUUUAUUGAUAAUGUGUUCCUUUUAAACAGCUGAGUCAAUUGGAGCGGAAAAACGUCAUUUUCACCUCCUUUUCUCGAGCCUCGUCCUCUAACAAAUCAAAUGCAAUCAAAUUCUUUUUUUCAUAUUAAAUUUAUUUUAUAUUUAAAGGAAUAUAAAAUCUGAAGAUAUAUGUAAGAUAGGAAUCAUUUGUAAGUGUUUAUCCUCCUCUAACCAAAAUAUGACCGUGAUUACUCUGAUAUAAAAAAUAACAGCAUAUUUGAGAUGUGAUAUCUUCUCAUCUAAUGAUCUGAAGGACCUGUUCAUCCUCAUGCAUGUCCAUCCACCCGCGCUAAAGUGAGGUCAAAGUUGAAAUUGUCCAAAUGUCCCCCUCUCUUUGUCCCACACUGCAGAACUUGGACGUCAGAUUUUCGACUGUAAAAACUCACGACAUGCCCGGUUAUAAACAUGGACGCAGAUUCUCACCCGUGCACAAACUUUUCCUUCCACACAUAUCCCACUCUUAGACAUCCAUAUCUAGAGUCAUGUAAAGUUUCCUUCAUUUCUGAUGAUGUUUAGUGGAUGAAUCUUCAAACUCUCUCAGUCCAUGAAUGAAGACUUGAAGAAUUAAAAUGAUGUUGUAAUAUGUUAUGGAGCCGUAAACACACGCUCAAAAAACCUGUUUUUAAUGGAAGUCUAUUGGCCAAUUUGGGGACAAAGGAGGGUGGGUGGAGCUAAAAUGUAGCGACAGAGAACUACAGGUGACACCGAGUUUUUUUUUUAAUAUGAAGAAAAAUAAGAACUCUCACCAAAUUUGAUGCCCCAAUCUUUAAAAAUGUGACUGUCAGCUCAAAAUAAAGAUAAAGACAAAUGUCCUCAAAAUGGACAGAGGAGGAACCGGGGGUUAAAAAAACAUGAAUGUAUUCCCUAAUCAACAGUUUAAAAAUCAGUCUGAAAAAUGAAGUUUUAAAAAAGAGAAAUAAAGAAGUGAAUUGACAAACUGAAGUAAGAAUACAGCUUUUAAUCAGACAUUUAAAGGACAAUUCCUCUUUUUAUUUCCAUUUCCUGUCUGCUUUUUUUUUUCCUGUUAGCUAAUCGAUUAUCAAAGUCUUUUAUCUUUCCGUUCCUCCUCUCCAUUUUUCCUUCCCUCACACUUUGGGCCUUGAGCUGGUAAAACCAGAUAAAACAAUGCAGAUGAGCCAUGAAACAAGCUCUCUGAUUGGUUAUAACCUGGCCUAUUACAUGCAGAUGUCUGCAGGGAGGUGAAGAUGAUGGAGGAUGAGGAAGAAUAGACCUUAUCCAGUGUUCCAGGUAGAAAGAGGUCCAAACCUGGAUAUUGUGACUCUGUGGUCAUUUCUCAGCUCCCUGAUUGAUGAACAGACACACAGACUAAAAACAGAGAUGAUCAGGAGAGAGAUGGGCUCAUAUUUGAAGUUCAAACACAUUUGACAGUCCUUUAGCCCACGUCAGAACUCAGAGAAGAUGCUUUAUUACACCUGAUGUUACAAGAUGAAGGUUCACAUCUAGUUGAAUGAUCAGAGCAGAACAACAUUCAGAUCUCCUCCAGAUCCUUUAUUUCAUUCAUCCAUACAGACCAGGAUCAACUCUCCUGGCUGACAUGGGAAGGUCUUCUCUUCUUGAUUUUCUGCUCUCUUUGUUUGGUGAACCAUCAAACAAACCCUCAGAGCUACAGAGAAACACCUCCUUCAUACAUCCACCCUCAGUCAGAAACAUGGACUCAAAGUACUGGCUGCAGAAGUGGGUUCAAAGGAGAUCAGAUAGUCUUCAUUGAGCUUCAUCAGCUGAGCUCUACUGCUUUACUGGCACAGCUGCAUUCAGUGAGAGCAGCAGCAGACCUGUCAGUCAUGAUCAGGUAAGCUGAGGGGCUGUUUGAGGACAUGCACUGACUUUGCUCCACGUCCUGUCCAUCCCAAACUGCAGGAAAUCCACCUGCUGUUCCAGGUGUGAUGCUCCUACUCCCUCUGCUCUAGCUGACUCUGAAUGAUCCAAGAAGAGCCUCACACACUCACAUGAGUUCAUCUGAGAGCUUUCAUUUCAUCUUCAUUCAUAUUUAGAAGAAGAGAGCCCACUACUUCAUCUCUCUAUCUGCAGACAAGCUUUCAAGUCUAUUUAGAAGGAGCUUUUUAGACCAAAGUGUGGACAGCUGUCCUAAAAGAAGAAAUGAAGGUCUUUUUCUAAAGGGUCCAAAUCAAGUCUCCAUGUUGUAGGACAGACCAACAGCCAGCCUUUGCUCUUUGAAUCUUGUUGUUUUUCUGUGAGUUUCUGUCAGAAAGACUCAGAAAAAGUGACAGAGUGAUGGAGACUGUUGGCUCAGAUGAGUUUCAGCCUGUUUCUCUGUCACAGGGACAAACUGAGGAACUCUGCUUCAUGUUGGACAGCAGGUAGGACUCAUGUUGGACACUCAAUCAUUCUGACUGUGUUUCUUCCUCCAGGGUGGACCAUGGUGGAGAGCAGAGGUUAAAACCUGGUCUGAAGAAGUGUAAGUGUUGAAUCAGUUUGACUCCUGAUGACCAAACAGCAGACUGUCAGCUAACAAAGAAGAAAGCCUUCAGGUGUGUCUGAUGAUAACCUGCUGCUGUGUUGUGUCUUUUUCUCUCUGUCAGAUUUCUGUGAACUCACACUGGACUCAAACACAGUAAACAGAUUCCUCAGACUGUCUGAAAACAACAGGAAGGUGACACGUGUGGAAGAGGAUCAGUCAUAUCCUGAUCAUCCAGACAGAUUUGACUACUGGCCUCAGCUUCUGUGUAGAGAUGGUCUGACUGGUCGCUGUUACUGGGAGGUCGAGUGGAGAGGAUGGGUUUAUAUAUCAGUGAGUUACAGAGGAAUCAGAAGGAAAGGAAGGAGUGAUGACUGUCUGUUUGGAUAUAAUGAUCAGUCCUGGAGUCUGCUCUGCUCUGAUGAAGGUUACUCUGUCCGUCACAAUAACAGAAGAACAGUCCUCCGUCUCCCCUCGUCCUCUGUCUCUCACAGAGUAGCAGUGUAUGUGGACUGUCCUGCUGGCACUCUGUCCUUCUACAGCGUCUCCUCUGACACACUGAUCCACCUCCACACCUUCAACACCACCUUCACUCAACCUCUCUAUCCUGGGUUUCGGUUCUGCUCUCUUGAUUCCUCAGUGAGUUUGUGUUCUGUGUAGGAGGGAGAGUCUCCUCCUCUCUACACAAACAGCAGCUGAAGAACAGUCGACCCUCUGCACUAACACAAACUUCAGCUGAUUAUCUGACUGUUUGUAUCCUGUCACAUCAGUCUGAAUGUCUGUUAUCAAAGAGCAGGACUCCAUGUCAAACUGGCUCACUGAACUGGACUGAUUUCUGUCUCUAUGGGGGAAAAAUCCGCCUCAUUCAGCACAUUUUUCUUCACUGUAUUGAUCAGAAAGUUUGUCUGAACAGUCAGAGUCGGACUCCUGAAACUCUUCUUCACCUGCACAGGUGUUCAUACCUGUCUGUUUAAACUGAUGAAGGUCAUGUCCUCAUGAGACUACAGGCUGGUUCACACACACACACAGAAAAAUCAGAGCCAAGCUGAGAGGAGGAUUAGAAAGAAGUGAAGACAGAAAACAUGAAAAUCUGGAGCCGGAGCAGCAGACUGUAAACAGAAGAGAAAGUGAACGUCACCUCUUAACCAACAAACCUGCUUUAGAAAUCAUUACAACUCAAAUCAAAGAGACAAAUCACAAUGAAUGAAAAAAGAAGGGUGAAAAAUUCAAGAGGAGUAAUACAGGUGUAAGAAUUGAUGUAAGGACGUUUAUGAAACAUGAACUCAAUAAAGAAAUCUAUAUUCUAACAGCUGUCUCAGUUUAGUUCUUACUCAUAAUCAAAUGGAUAUUAAUGAUGUUAUUGCAUGGAUCUGAAUAUUAAAAAUCAAUUCUAAAACUUAUCAGGAGCCGAUGAAGUGAAGCUGAAAUAGGAGUUCUAUGAUCUCUGGUUCUGGUUCUGGUUCUAGUUCGGAGGUGAGCUGCUGCAUUCAGGACCAGCUGUAACUUGUGUAAACUCUGUUGGUUCAGACGUGUGAACAAAGAGUUGCAGUCGUCCAGAACUGCACAUGUCAAAGUUGUAACGAGAAUCAAUGGGGAAUGAUGUGUUCGCCUCUGGCCGUCAUAUAUGUCAACUAUGAGGAACUGUCGGCAACGUAGGACAUUUCUAAACUGACUUUUAGUGUAAAUUAUACCUUUCAAUUCCCUCUCUUCAGACUAUAUUAUUCAAUUUGCCUUUUUAAAACAUGUGUUAUGCAUGUAAAAGUCAUAAAAAAAGAUGCUUUAUUAAAAGAAAGGGCUGUGUGCAUAAAUAAGCCUUUCUUAUAUACAUUUAUGGCAGUGUGAUUCUACAUGUUGAGACAGAGGGGGGCGGCACCCUAGCGCCCUCUAUCGACCAGCCGCCUCUGCUUUUAAAUUAAGAUCUGAAUUUUGACAGUGUGUUUUCUGCAUGAAAGACUAUCAACUUUGGAGCAUAUUACAUUCUGAAUUAAGUCUCAGACACCAAAUAUUUACCACUUAUUUACCAAACCAGAGACGACAAUGCCAAAACAUAAGAAUUGAUGUACAUUAUGUUCAACACCAUUUUAUGUACUUUUACUAUGUAUAGCUACUAACUAGGUUACAUCUGAGCACAACUGCUGAGUCAAAUAGAUAAUGAAAUGCAGGUAAAUGUUAUCAGUUAUUGAAUUUGAAUUUAUCUCCCCAGUGUUUGAUAUCUUUUGCUCCAGAUAAGAUAUAACUGGUUCACACAAACCCUUAAAAUCUCCUUUUCCAUCAAUAAAUAAAUCAAGAAUGGAUAAAUAUGCAUACCUGUCUGAAUCCAGGCUUCAACAGUUCCCUUGGUUUGGACAAGCAGACAAGGUUUAGAGUUAGCAUCCAGUUAGCCAAGAUAUCUUCUCAUACCAGCUCCGUGAAAAAGACCGCGAAAAUCUCCUCCCUUUGUCUUCAGACUGCUGUGUAAUUAAUACGUCCGGCCGGUCAGUUCCGAGCUCCUUCACUCUACAUUCCUCCUGCAGUGUUCUCCUCUCGAACAGCAUUGUUUUCAGUGACUUUACUGAAUUUUCUCUCUCCAUUUUCUCCUUUUUUCGGCUCUUUCUGGGACUCCGGCGACACUUUGUGCUCUACAUCACUCGCUCGGUGGUUGUCUUUAUAGGCAACCGCUCGCUCUCUGCUGCCACCCCAUGGCCGGUGGUGAAAAGCAGUCAAGUUAAAGCAACCAGACAGGAGGGCACGGUCAAGCUGCGCCCCGUUGUAAUGAAGAGGAAUAAACUGCGCAUAUUGAAGUUGUAACGAGAGUCAUAUAAGAUAUACAUAAGAAAGGCUAGAUAACUCGAGGCGGAGUCACCGGCGUCCCUACACGGCGGCCAUCUUACUUUAGUAUAACAUUCUGGUACACUCUAUGGUAGUGGAUGGAAGGUAAGUAAUCUGCAUGAUCAAAAUACUCUUAACUCUCUGAAAUCUUGACAGAUUUACAAAUGGUUUAGUUUAGUACAGACCUUAACAAAGUGGCUAUGAGUCGGGAUGCUUGGACAUAUUGAAACCGCAGAUUUUCUUUGAGAAAAAAAGGCUUUAUCGUGCAGCACAGUUGUUUCACAGCUAUUUGUGUGCAAGGGCUAACUUUGAGUCACUUUGCGCAAGUUGUCAAGGCUGGGAACAAUCGAGAUUUAAAAUUCUUGCAUGACAGUCUACUUUUUAUGCAUUUAUUUUUGUCUAAGGUGACAGUCUUUGUGGAUGGGCUUGUGUUUAUCAGCUGUCUAAUUUGCCUAACAGACUUGCUGUGAGUGAGACCAAGUACAUUUUACAAAGUUGACCCAGUAAUUUUACAUCAGUUAAAGAGGCAGAAAUGCUCUUUCGUUUCAACAUAACUUAAGUUGCACAUGAUUUCCAAACUGUUUGGUUUGUUAAAAAUGUCUAAAAUGGCAACAUGAGGCAGAAAUGUAUAUUGAAAAUAAAUAUAUGUUAUUGCUAUAUGUUAUUAAAGUUUUCUCUAUUAAGGAAAUAUUACUAAUAUAACAUACAUGGAAUGAUUAAAUGUUUUAUAUAUAAAUGAAUGAAUAUAACUGCAUUGUGUUUGUAGGCCUAUAUCUAUUGCUCUACCUAUCUGCUUAAUGUUUAUUUAUGAAAAUCCAUGGUUAAAAUUAUUCUUGAUGACUCUUGUUGAAAUGGCCACCAUGCGCGGACGUCGGUCUCUAUUGGCUAACAGCGGGCGUAAUCCAUCUAGCAUUCAUGUUUACAUCUAUGGCUUAAAUGAUAGAUUUAGCAUGCUAACUGAACUGGAGCGGGAACCAACAAACCUCUGCCUAACACAGAGAAGUAUAACGUGCUGGAACUAUUUUCCGCGGAAUGAUUCGAUGAGAUGUGUGACUAACGUUGCUCAUUUAGCAUAUGAAUUAAAAUAACUGUCUUCUCCAUCGGCUAACUAGCAAGAAAACUGGGUGACACAAUCAUUAAAAGUGUCUGUCUUUGGACUUGUUUCGCUACACUGAGGUCUACCUUUUUUUACUCGUAGAGACGGCUCAGUAACCUACAUCCACGGGCCAACGUCGCAAUGCAUUUGAUCAUGUAACCCUGCCGCGCUUUUUUAAUGAAGUCAGGAAACUUAACAAUAAAAACCUUUACUUUCUGCCGAAUAAUCACGUCUGAAACAGCAACAAGUCGCACAAAAAAAAAAAAAAAUGCAGGAGCAAAAACUGAAUAAUUCUCAAGACUAAGAAGAAAUACGUUCCCCUCUGAACUCACGCAUAUUCUGCCUUUCAGCAUAAUAUGAACAAAGUUAUUACCAAUUAAUUGUGUUUACAACGAUUUUUAAUCUAUGACUGCUUGCUGUGAUCCCAAAAGAAAUGCAAACUUCGUCCAACUUGACGUUCAAAAAUAUUGUAAUAAAAAAAUACUUUCAGGAGAAAUUUAAGAUAAUUUUUUAGAAAAACGACCAAAAUUAGUCAUAAUUUACACGUGAAGGGUUUGUCUGAACCUGCAUUAAUCAUUAAUCACCUUAGACAGGUGAGAGAAGAAACAGGACUAAAACAAAGUAAUGUUAAUUGGUGUACUAUCCCUUUAGAAAAGAACAAAAGAGCAAAGGAUGAGCCAGAGUGUGACGUUUAAAUGAGCCUUCAAUUCAGAAGUGGAAUAAACCAGCAGGAGUGGUUUGUUUAGGGGGUUUAAAACCUGAGGUAGAAGCAAAAAUGGGCGACUAAGACCUUGAAACAUGGUAGAGUUAAAAUUACAGGUUUUUAAUGCAUGAAGAACAUCCAUAAUAUCUAACAUCAUGAUCCAGCAGUGAGGUUUAUUCAUGCUGUGUAAAGACAUCCAAGUACACAAAUAAAAUACCAAAGAAUAACGGCCAUCUGAGCCGUGUUUUCAUCUUCUACAAAGACUGGUUAUUUCUGCCCAUCCUCACUGUAAACCCCUCUGCUUCGGUCAGCAGUGGGGUUUCUCCUCCUCACUGCCCGUCCCGCUGACAAAGAGUCUUUUGAGGAAGAGGAGCUGCAGGUACCCCGAGGUGACGAUGAGGGGUAAGGGGUGUAGACCACCAGCUGAUGUACUGUGAAUUGGACUGAAACAGAUAGUAGUCAGCGCGAAAUAUGUGGAAGAUGUGGCUCUCCACUUUGUGACUCGAUUCCUGGAAAACAUAAUGAUUUUAUUAUUUUUCACCCUUUUUGAAAGAACUCUAUUUUUUUAUUUCAUUCUUUCAUUUUCAUACACUGCAAAAUAUGACCUACCAAUCUGUGGCAAUAAACUGUUAACUUCAUGCUACUGUGUUUGAAUAACUAUUACCAGCUCUCCUAAACUAGAGAGAUUGAAGGUGUCCUAGUGUGUUCUUCCGAUCAGGCUAAAGGCGCUUCACUGUGUGUCAGUUGGAGCGUCUUACUGCAGAAAAACUCUUUUUUUCUUCAGUUUAACAGAUAAAACUCGAGGGGAAAAAGAGGGCUCUUCUCUCAUGUUUCCACUCUGAGAAUAAGGCAGGGUUUAUCACUUGUAAUACAACCAGUCACCAGGAGGUGCUGUUCUCACAGAGGCUUCUUCACCCAGCAAGGAGGCAGAUGACGUCUAUUUUACAUACGGUCUCUUGGCAGGACAUCAGGUAAGUGAGGAAAGUUUGAUCAUAGCUGUCAUAGUGUAGGGCACUUCUUUCAGCCCAGAGUGAAAACUUAUAUGUCAGGAGAGUCUGUCUUUGUUUGAAGUAUUUAGCAGUUUAGAGCUGUCCUGCAUGCUCUCUCAUCAACCCUGAAUCUGCCAGUAGGUUAGUGUCCGAGGAGGAAUCAGUAGAAGAUGGACGGCAGAGUUAUUGUGUCUCAGCCACUAAAAGAAUAGAUCCAAAGCACAGUAGCUAGUUAGCUAGAUAUAGUCUCAGUAAUUGUUGGCUUGUAUUUUUGACCAUUUUUUUGACCAUUUGACUAUCUUGUCUAUUUGAGCAGAUCAGCCUUCUACUGAGAAGGUAUUAGAUGGAUAUGGAAGUAAAGGGAAAUAGACAAACAUGCUGCCAGAGGAAGAGCAGUUUGUGUAGUUCUUCUCUUUCCCUGCCUCGAGGUAGAGGGUUUCUACCUUUAUCAGCAGUGACUCCCAAUAUAGAGGAAAGUUAGCUGACAAAUUCUGCUGAAUCUUGACUCCAGAAAUGGCUCAUAGAAAUGAUAUGGAUGCAUCAUUAUUAACUGCCCUGUACCAGUAUUUAAACUACUCUGAGUCUCAUGAGUUUUCUCUGAGUACGUAUCUCAAAGUGUCAUAAAGGUCAAUAUUUUAGAAGCAUAAUUAUUUGUUUAAAGAUAAACUGUCCUUUUGUGAGUUUGAGGCCCUGCCCCUCUAAAAUCCUCUGCAUGUCUCUGCCUAAGGAUAUGACUGCAACAAGGACUCUCACCAAAGUCAAGUAAGUACAUGUUUAAAGUAGUAUUGUUGUCUGAGCCAUUUACACUAUGAUAAUAGGCUGUGAUUAGGACCAUCUAGUGGUCUGAUUGUAGAACUACAUCAUGUGAUCUGUGUGAAAUCUGCACUGACUAGUUUCUUGGUCGGACUGGUUCUGACGUCACUCUGAAGUUAUGAGGAUGUGACGGCGUCCUCAGAUCAAACGCUCACAGACAUCAGGACUGACGAAGGACAAACGAGCAGCUUCUUCUCUCCUCACAUGAAGGUGGAAAGUGUCUGUAAGCUGACCUGAACUCUCUUCAACAGGUGAGGAUCCUUCCAGAGAAAUCUGAUCAUGUCUGAGGAUCAGGAUCCGUGUGCUCACAUGGUGCUGGAUCACUGUUGAAGUGUAGAAAUCUUUCUGUAUGCUGAUUGGCUGUUUGAAACAUGUAGAAUUUCUCUCUGAGUUAAAGAGCAGAGAUUUCAGACAGAUCCACCUGCUCUAUAGUUGGUGUUUGUGGAGUCGACUCAGCAGCAGUUCGACAGUAAUCUGAGUCACACCAUCAGGGAAAAAUGCAGGGAGUGUCUGAACUGGUCUGACAGCCUGGAUCGACUUGGCUCAGGUGCUUUUAUUUUGAAACGGUUGAUACUCUGAAGUGAAGGGUUCAAAGGUCAGAUCACCUCCAACACUGAGACUGACUGAGUUUUACUGGAGACAUAGCAGGGUGCAAGUCUCAGUGGUCCCAGAAGUUUCAGAUAAUUGUAGAUGGACCAGAGCCAGUCCAGGGUGGAAGUGGACUCAGUGUUUGAUUGAGACCCAUCAGCUGUCAGGGGCCGCUAUAAGACAGAAAAUGAGCCAUCCUAUGUCAGUAUUUGAUAUUUGUCCAACUUUGAAAACUUAAAAUCAAAACUAAAGAUUUUUUUAAUCAAGCUAAUCAGACAUGUUGAUUUAAAGAGACUUUUUUUAUUUGACUCUUACUCAUUUGAACAACAGUGUUUAUGUUAUAGAUAAUUGUGAUGACCACAGUUUAUUUAUGGGAGAGUCUGGGGGCUGUAACUCAUUCUGGACUCAUCAGAUCCUGUUUGAGGCUCCAACAAGGUUUCUGUCAGUCCUGAAUAUUUGUGUUAUUGAGAGGAAUGAGAACUGAAGUGUCCUGUGGUGUAAAGUUUGUUGUACUGACUGAGUAUGUUGUUGUGUUUGUGUGAAGGUGGGGGCUCUGCUAUGAAUCAGUGUGAGGACAGAGAGGAGGGGGCCCCUCCCUCUAAAACCACUCUGUGGGGGGAACAUGAGAGCCAGACCAAAGCUCAGAGGUGAGAUGAGGAUCUCCAACUGUCCAUGACUCUUCUCCAUGUCAGAGCUCAGCACUCACAUCACUCCACCAUCACUAUUAUUCACACUCAGACGUCUGUCUGUCUGUCUGUCUGUCUAAGACCUGAACAGCAGUGCAGACCAGACUCUCCAGGACCUGGACCCAGCUGUGUGUCCUUAAAGAGUGACUGGUCUAAGGAUGGAUGGAUUGAUUUCAAAGUUGGACAUCAGCCUGAUCAUCAAAAGUAAUAAUCUAUAACAGCAGCACUCAAACCUGGAAGAUUUUCAGUGUUCUUGUUUCUUCAUCAGUGUUUGUGUUUCUGUCAGAGUCAAACAUGAGAGACCAGACUCUCCUGGACCUGGACCUGGACCCAGCUGUGUGUCCUUUAAGAGUGACGGGUCUAUGUUCAGACUUAUUGAGUUCAAAGAAGGAGAGACUUGUGAUGAGCAAAGGUGAGUCUUUCAAACUGAACUUUCUUUUGUUGUGAAACUUUUCAUCCUAACUGUGGUCGGUGUUUUCUCUGUGAAGGUGAAGAUUUUUCAGGGUUUGUGUUUCUAUCAGGAUCCAACAGCAGUAAACAGGAUCUGAGCCAGAAAGACCUGGACUCUGCAUGUAUCUUCAUGUGUGUCUGUAGGAGGAUCCAGCAGUGUUUCUACCAGGAUCCUCUAGAUAGACUCUCUCACAUGUAACCCUGUGUCUCCUUAUAUUAUAUCCACUACAUUAGAUUCUGUUUGUUCCACAGAGUUCAGCAGCAGAGAUCAGAGGUUCCCAUUGGUCAGUCUGCCCAGCAGCAUCAAACACAGCUGGACUCCAUAUUUAUGGUAGGUGUAAAUGUACAAACACAGCUCCUACUGAUCAUCAGAGCAGACACUCAGUAUAUUUGGAGGUUUCUGGAUUGUUUCCUAAUGACUCUGCAAACAUCAUCUCUGCCUGAAUUAUCUUCACACUCACAGUUUGACUGAUUGAAUGAAGCCUCACAUUUAUGACCUGCACAGAGUCAGAGGUCAGAGGUCAUGGUGGAUGGUGGUCUCACACAGACUCAGACUUUGGCAGCAGAGAGCAGAGUUCAGAAACUGAGUCCAGUUUGAGGUUUAAAGAACAGAAAGACUUUGGUUCAUGUCGAUGACAGCUGCUGCUUUCAGCUUCAUUCUAAUAAACACAUCACCUCUAAAGUCACUGCAGACUUUUUCUCCAUGAAACCACACCAGGAGGUUUCUCCAAUAUGAAGGUCAGGUCAUAGAAACUGGAUUUGUAGAAGACAGGACCAUCUACAAAGUCAAUCCUGAAGCAGCAUUGUGAUCCAGUCUCCAUGCUGGACUCUGUAGACCAGCAGGCUUUCUGUCUGUCACAGAUGAUCUGAUGUUCAGUUCUACAAGUUCAAGUUCACAUUUUGUUCUGUUCCAGCUGCUUCAGGAGAACAUUAUCAGCUUUGUAAAGGAGCAGCUGAAGGAGAUCCAGAGAGUUCUGAGUCCAGAUGAACCAGAAUACUUAGAGAGUCAGAGGGAGGAUGAGGAUGAAGAGCAGAGGAGGAGCAGAGAGGCAUUUCUGAAGAUCACUGUGAACUUCCUGAGGAGAAUGAAGCAGGAGGAGCUGGCUGACUGUCUGCAGAGCAGUAAGAGGAUUUGAAGAGAUUUAACAUGAUGGAGACAACAUGGGAGAGGUUUAGAGUUCAGACUCUGCUGUUCAUAUGAUGCACACAUUUGUAUCACAUCUAUGAACUGAGAGAAACUGAUCACAGCUGAUGAGCUGAAGAGAUUUCAGAGAGGAGGGAAAUCAAAUCCAUCCUGAUGUCUUCAAGUGUAAAUUCAUCAGACUGAUUGUAGCUUCAGAUGAUUCAUCACAUUUCUCUUUGUUCAUUCAGGAUCUGCUGCUGCAGAGUGCCCACACAAACUCAAGUCCAACCUGAAGGAGAAGUUCCAGUGUGUGUUUGAGGGGGUUGCUAAAGCAGGAAACCCAACCUUUCUGAACCAGAUCUACACAGACCUCUACAUCACAGAGGGAGGGACUGGAGAGGUCAACGAUGAACAUGAGGUCAGACAGAUUGAAUCAGCAUCCAGGAGAGCAGAGCGACCAGAAACAACCAUCAGACAAGAAGACAUCUUUAAAGGCUCACCUGGAAGACAGGAACCAAUCAGAACAGUGAUGACAAAGGGAGUGGCUGGCAUUGGGAAAACCGUCUUAACACAGAAGUGGACUCUGGACUGGGCUGAAGACAAAGACAACCAGGACAUCCACUUCACAUUUCCAUUCACCUUCAGAGAGCUGAAUGUGCUGAAAGAGAAGAAGUUCAGCUUGGUGGGACUUGUUCAUCACUUCUUCACUCAAACCAAAGAAGCAGGAAUCUGCAGCUUUCAACACUUCAGGGUCGUGUUCAUCUUUGACGGUCUGGAUGAGUGUCGACUUCCUCUGGACUUCCACAACAAUCAGGUGCUGACUGAUGUUACAGAGUCCAGCUCAGUGGAUGUGCUGCUGACAAACCUCAUCAGGGGGAACCUGCUUCCCUCUGCUCGCCUCUGGAUAACCACAAGACCUGCAGCAGCCAAUCAGAUCCCUCCUGAGUGUGUUGACAUGGUGACAGAGGUCAGAGGGUUCACUGACCCUCAGAAGGAGGAGUACUUCAGGAAGAGAUUCAGAGAUGAGGAGCAGGCCAGAAGAAUCAUCUCCCACAUCAAGAAAUCCAGAAGCCUCCACAUCAUGUGCCACAUCCCGGUCUUCUGCUGGAUCACUUCUACAGUUCUGGAGGAUCUGCUGAAGACCAGAGAGGGUGGAGAGCUGCCCAAGACCCUGACUCAGAUGUACAUCCACUUCCUGGUGGUUCAGUCCAAACUGAAGAACAUCAAGUAUGAUGGAGGAGCUGAGACUGAUCCUCACUGGAGUCCAGAGAGCAGGAAGAUGAUUGAGUCUCUGGGAAAACUGGCUUUUGAGCAGCUGCAGAAAGGAAACCUGAUCUUCUAUGAAUCAGACCUGACUCAGUGUGGCAUGGAUAUCAGAGCAGCCUCAGUGUACUCAGGAGUGUUCACACAGAUCUUCAGAGAGGAGAGAGGACUGUACCAGGACAAGGUGUUCUGCUUCAUCCAUCUGAGUGUUCAGGAGUUUCUGGCUGCUCUUCAUGUCCACCUGACCUUCACCAACUCUGGAGUCAACCUGAUGGAAGAAGAACAACAAACAACAUCUUCAAUCUCUAAAAUCUUCAGUGUCAAAUCAAAACUGAAACAUCUCCAUCAGAGUGCUGUAGACCAGGCCUUACAGAGUCUGAACGGACACCUGGAUUUAUUUCUACGUUUCCUCCUGGGUCUUUCUCUGCAAACCAAUCAGAAUCUCCUGAGAGGUCUGCUGACACACACAGGAAGUAGCUCACAGACCAAUCAGAAAACAGUCCAGUACAUCAAGAAGAAGUUCCGUAAGGAUCUGUCUGCAGAGAAAAGCAUCAAUCUGUUCCACUGUCUGAAUGAACUGAAUGAUCGUUCUCUAGUGGAGGAGAUCCAACAGUCCCUGAGAUCAGGACGUCUCUCCACAAAGAAACUGUCUCCUGCUCAGUGGUCAGCUCUGGUCUUCAUCUUACUGUCAUCAGAAAAAGAUCUGGACGUGUUUGACCUGAAGAAAUACUCUGCUUCAGAGGAGGGUCUUCUGAGGCUGCUGCCAGUGGUCAAAGCCUCCACCAAAGCUCUGUAGGUGGACACAUGAGAGAUGAAACAUUAUUGUUCAUGAAACUUUGUGUCUGUGCUAAUCACUGACUCUUCUACAGGCUGAGUGGAUGUAACCUGUCAGAGAGAAGCUGUGAAGCUCUGUCCUCAGUCCUCAGCUCCCAGUCCUCCAGUCUGAGAGAGCUGGACCUGAGUCACAAUGACCUGCAGGAUUCAGGAGUGAAGCUGCUGUCUGCUGGACUGAAGAGUGCUCACUGUAAACUGGAAACUCUCAGGUCAGGUUUUAUGCUGAUUCAGUUUUGUAGUUGUUUGAAUGAAAUUGUCUCAAGUUGGUACAUUUUUCCUUGUUUCAUAUAUUUUUCUGACUCCAGGUUAUCAUGCUGUCUGAUCACAGAAAAAGGUUGUGCUUCUCUGGCCUCAGCUCUGAGCUCCAACCCCUCACACCUGAGAGAGCUGGACCUGAGCUACAAUCAUCCAGGAGACUCAGGAGUAAAACUGCUUUCUGCUGGACUGGAGGAUCCUCUAUGGAGACUGGAUACACUGAGGUAUAACCAGACAGUUACUGGGUCACACACAACUACAGAUAUAUUUGGUUUCUUCUUCCUGAGGUCUUCACUUAGCAGGUCAUCAUUGUGGACCAUCUUUCUGAAGGACUCUUGGAUAUGUUUAUCCUGGAUAGUAGCUCUGAUGCUCACUAGUUCUCAGCCUCCCUCCUUCCUGUAGACCCUGUAGACCCUCAGGGUUCUGGAUUUAGGGUGAAAACCUCCAUUUGAGUAUUUUGAAGAGCUUUCUUGUCUUGAUGUCAGUGGUCUAUAUUUAUGUAUAUAUAUAAAUAAAGAACCAUUUUUAAAUGCUCUUUAUGGAGGACCGCAAGGGUCGCUGAAAUUAAAAUAAAGUAUUUUUAAUUGAAAAAGUUAUUGUACUAGUAAAACAGGAAUUCAUAAAGUGGUUUCCAAAUUCAUGAGUUCAUCCAUGAACAAAUCUAGUGGUGUGUCGGUCUUGAACGAACGGAUCAAAAGAACUAGUUCUUUUUGAUGAACGAAAUGAACUAGUUCUCCCCCCCUAAAUGACCCGUUCAAUCCGUUCAGUAUUGGAGCGGAAAAACGUCAUUUUCACCUCCUUUUCUCGAGCCUCGUCCUCUACCAAAUCAAAUGCAAUCAAAUUAAUUUUUUCAUAUUAAAUUAAUUUUAUAUAUCGGCAUAUAAAAUCUGAAGAUAUAUGUAAGACAGGAAUCAUUUAUAAGUGUUUAUCCUCCUCUAACCAAAAUAUGACCGUGAUUACUCUGAUAUAAAAAUAACUGCAUAUUUGAGAUGUGAUAUCUUCUCCCCUAAUGAUCUGAAGGACCUGUUCAUCCUCAUGCAUGUCCAUCCACUUACUCUGAAGUGAGGACAAAGUUGAAAUUGUCCAAAUGUCCCCCUCUCUUUGUCCCACACUGAAGAACUUGGACGUCAGAUUUUCGACCGUAAAAACUCACGUCAUGCCUGGUUAUAAACAUGGACGCAGAUUCUCACCCGUGCACACACGCAGGAGCACACAAACUUCUCCUUCCACACAUAUCCCACUCUUAGACAUCCAUAUCUAGAGUCAUGUAAAGUUUCCUUCAUUUCUGAUGAUGUUUAGUGGAUGAAUCUUCAAACACUCUCAGUCCAUGAAUGAAGACUUGCGUGCUCAGCGGCUCUGAAGGGGUUAAAAUGAUGUGUGGCUCAGUCUGUUGUCUCACUGUGGGAAAGUCAAAUUUAGAGCCCUGCUGAUCGACUGACUGCAGAAAAAAGGUUGUAAUAUGUUGUUAUGGAGCCGUAAACACACGCUCAAAAAAAACUGUUUUUAAUGGAAGUCUAUUGGCCGAUUUGUGGACAAAGGAGGGUGGGUGGAGCUAAAAUGACAGAGAACUACAGGUGACACUGAGUUUUUUUUUUAAUAUGAAGAAAAAUAAGAACUGUCACCAAAUUUGAUGCUCCAAUCUUUAAAAAUGUGACUGUCAGCUCAAAAUAAAGAUAAAAAAAAAAGACAAAUGUCCUCAAAACGGACAGAGGAGGAACCGAGGGUUAAAAAAACAUGAAUGUAUUCCCUAAUCAAUAGUUUAAAAAUCAGUCUGAAAAAUGAAGUUUUAAAAAAGAGAAAUAAAGAAGUGAAUUGACAAUCUGAAGUAAGAAUACAGCUUUUAAUCAGACAUUUAAAGGACAAUUCCUCUUUUUAUUUCCAUUUCCUGUCUGCUUUUCCUUUUCCUGUUAGCUAAUCGAUUAUCGAAGUCUUUUAUCUUUCCGUUCCUCCUCUCCAUUUUUCCUUCCCUCACACUUUGGGCCUUGAGCUGGUAAAACCAGGUACAACAAUGCAGAUGAGCCAUGAAACAAGCUCUCUGAUUGGUUAUAACCUGGCCUAUUACAUGCAGGUGUCUGCAGGGAGGUGAAGAUGAUGGAGGAUGAGGAAGAAUAGACCUUAUCCAGUGUUCCAGGUAGAAAGAGGUCCAAACCUGGAUAUUGUGACUCUGUGGUCAUUUCUCAGCUCCCUGAUUGAUGAACAGACACACAGACUAAAAACAGAGAUGAUCAGGAGAGAGAUAGGCUCAUAUUUGAAGUUCAAGUUGUUUGGUGAGCCAUCAAACAAACCCUCAGAGCUACAGAGAAACACCUCCUUCAUACAUCCACCCUCAGUCAGAAACAUGGACUCAAAGUCCUGGCUGCAGAAGUGGGUUCAAAGGAGAUCAGAUAGUCUUCAUUGAGCUUCAUCAGCUGAGCUCUACUGCUUUACUGGCACAGCUACAUUCAGUGAGAGCAGCAGCAGACCUGUCAGUCAUGAUCAGGUAAGCUGAGGGGCUGUUUGAGGACAUGCACUGACUUUGCUCCACUUCCUGUCCAUCCCAAACUGCAGGAAAUCCACCUGCUGUUCCAGGUGUGAUGCUCCUACUCCCUCUGCUCUAGCUGACUCUGAAUGAUCCAAGAAGAGCCUCACACACUCACAUGAGUUCAUCUGAGAGCUUUCAUUUCAUCUUCAUUCAUAUUUAGAAGAAGAGAGCCCACUACUUCAUCUCUCUAUCUGCAGACAAGCUUUCAAGUCUAUUUAGAAGGAGCUUUUAGACCAAAGUGUGGACAGCUGUCCUAAAAGAAGAAAUGAAGGUCUUUUUCCAAAGGGUCCAAAUCAAGUCUCCAUGUUGUAGGACAGACCAACAGCCAGCCUUUGCUCUUUGAAUCUUGUUGUUUUUCUGUGAGUUUCUGUCAGAAAGACUCAGAAAAAGUGACAGAGUGAUGGAGACUGUUGGCUCAGAUGAGUUUCAGCCUGUUUCUCUGUCACAGGGACAAACUGAGGAACUCUGCUUCAUGUUGGACAGCAGGUAGGACUCAUGUUGGACACUCAAUCAUUCUGACUGUGUUUCUUCCUCCAGGGUGGACCAUGGUGGAGAGCAGAGGUUAAAACCUGGUCUGAAGAAGUGUAAGUGUUGAAUCAGUUUGACUCCUGAUGACCAAACAGCAGACUGUCAGCUAACAAAGAAGAAAGCCUUCAGGUGUGUCUGAUGAUAACCUGCUGCUGUGUUGUGUCUUUUUCUCUCUGUCAGAUUUCUGUGAACUCACACUGGACUCAAACACAGUAAACAGACGCCUCAGACUGUCUGAAAACAACAGGGAGGUGACAUGUGUGUUAGAGCAUCAGUCAUAUCCUGAUCAUCCAGACAGAUUUGACUACUGGCCUCAGCUUCUGUGUAGAGAUGGUCUGACUGGUCGCUGUUACUGGGAGGUCGAGUGGAGAGGAGAGGUUCAUAUAUCAGUGAGUUACAGAGGAAUCAGAAGGAAAGGAAACAGUCCUGCCUGUCUGUUUGGAUCUAAUGAUCAGUCCUGGAGUCUGAUCUGCUCUGAUGGAGGUUACUCUGUCCAUCACAAUAACAUAGAAACAGUCCUCGGUCUCCCCUCGUCCUCUGUCUCUCACAGAGUAGCAGUGUAUGUGGACUGUCCUGCUGGCACUCUGUCCUUCUACAGCGUCUCCUCUGACACACUGAUCCACCUCCACACCUUCAACACCACCUUCACUCAACCUCUCUAUCCUGGGUUUGGGAUCUGGUCUGGUUCCUCAGUGAGUUUGUGUUCUGUGUAGGAGGGAGAGUCUCCUCCUCUCUACACAAACAGCAGCUGAAGAACAGUCGACCCUCUGCACUAACACAAACUUCAGCUGAUUAUCUGACUGUUUGUAUCCUGUCACAUCAGUCUGAAUGUCUGUUAUCAAAGAGCAGGACUCCAUGUCAAACUGGCUCACUGAACUGGACUGAUUUCUGUCUCUAUGGGGGAAAAAUCCGCCUCAUUCAGCACAUUUUUCUUCACUGUAUUGAUCAGAAAGUUUGUCUGAACAGUCAGACUCCUGAAACUCUUCUUCACCUGCACAGGUGUUCAUACCUGUGUUUAAACUGAUAAGGUCAUGUCCUCAUGAGACUGCAGGCUGGUUCACACACACACACAGAAAAAUCAGAGCCAAGCUGAGAGGAGGAUUAGAAAGAAGUGAAGACAGAAAACAUGAAAAUCUGGAGCCGGAGCAGCAGACUGUAAACAGAAGAGAAAGUGAACGUCACCUCUUAACCAACAAACCUGCUUUAGAAAUCAUUACAACUCAAAUCAAAGAGAAAAAUCACAAUGAAUGAAAAAAGAAGGGUGAAAAAUUCAAGAGGAGUAAUACAGGUGUAAGAAUUGAUGUAAGGACGUUUAUGAAACAUGAACUCAAUAAAGAAAUCUAUAUUCUAACAGCUGUCUCAGUUUAGUUCUUACUAAUAAUCAAAUGGAUAUUAAUGAUGUUAUUGGAUGGAUCUGAAUAUUAAAAAUCAAUUCUAAAACUUACCAGGAGCCGAUGAAGUGAAGCUGAAAUAGGAGUUCUAUGAUCUCUGGUUCUGGUUCUAGUUCGGAGGUGAGCUGCUGCAUUCAGGACCAGCUGUAACUUGUGUAAACUCUGUUGGUUCAGACGUGUGAACAAAGAGUUGCAGUCGUCCAGAACUGCACAUGUCAAAGUUGUAACAAGAGUCAAUGGGGAAUGAUGUGUUCGCCUCUGGCCGUCAUAUAUGUCAACUAUGAGUAACUGUCGACAACGUAGGACAUUUCUAAACUGACUUUUAGUGCAAAUUAUACCUUUCAAUUCCCUCUCUUCAGACUAUAUUAUUCAAUUAGCCUUUUUAAAACAUGGGUUAUGCAUGUAAAAGUCAUAAAAAAGACGUUUUAUUAAUUAUUUUUAUUAAAAGAAAGGACUGUGUGCAUAGAUAUAUAUAUUUAGAUUCUUGUUGAUUUAUUUUCAACACAUUUAUGAUGAAAAAUAACUCAAUUUUUUUUUACAUUUAAGACUGUAAUCUUAAAAAUCUACAACUGUGAAUUUAUGAUUUUAGUGUUUUUAAAAUUACAACUUUAAUUUGUGGAUGUUUGUCAUCUUUUUCCUAAAUUUACAUGUUUAAAUAAAGACAUUGAUUGCAUGAAUUCGUUCGAUUAAUCUUGUCAAAAUGCUCAAACUGUGAGUCUGAAAACAUAAGUAGCUAUUUCUUAUUCCGGCCAUCAGGGGGCGACAGGCAAAGUCUGAGAAAAACAGUCUUUAACUUCUUUAACUUUGCAUAAUGUGACAUCUUUGAGGUGACGUCCAGGUGGGUUUGUUUACCCUUUAUUGUCCAAUCAGGUGACAGAUUGAGGAGGCGCCAACGUCAUCAACUCUUCCUGGUUUUAGAUGAAGACAGAACAUUAAUGCUAACAUAGUCAGGGCGUGUUUGACGCUGAUUGUUUCCGGCGUAUCUCUCAGAUCUGCUGCCUUAAAGAUAACACGGAUAUUAGCGGCGUCAGCUGAAUUUUCCAGAAGUGUCUCCCGGGCUGGUUGAGCGUGAUGACAUGCGUGAAGCGAAAUCUGAGGCGAGAUAAGAGAUCCAGCAGAUAGAGGACGCUCUUCUUCAUCGACUUUCACAGAGACACAGAGGAGCCGGGUCGGUUUUCUGCUACAGUUUUAUUGAAUCUGUUCAGUACUGGAGUUUCAUGGACCAAACAACGGCACAACACUGUGUUACACUUUCUCUCUUUGGGUACAACCGACUAACACAAACGUUAAAAUUAUUCCUCUACAAAUUGGACUAAAGUACAAACACACACAGUCUCGUUCUCUAUCACAGGCACCUCACACACACACACACACACACACAGAAACACACACUCUCACUGCACACAGGCUCGUACACACACCCUUUCACAAUAGAAUACAUUCUCAGGAAGAAAAAAAAAACAGUCAAUUAUAAAUUUUAGAGCAUUUCAGCAUUUUUCUCAUCUCUCAUAUUGAACAGCGCCCACUUCAAACAGGAAGUAGGCAGAACCAUGAGGGGUCCAUGUGGCAGCUGUUUGUUUCUCAUGAUCCAGUGGACUCCCUGCUGGUCAUAAAGUCGUGAUUAUCGGCCAAACACUUUUCGUAAAAAGACGAUUUUAGUAUCUAAUCUUGUAAAAAGAAGCUCAGUGCUGAAAAAGGACCAUACUCGAGGUUUUACUCGCCUCAGUCACGUCAUCAAAUAUCGAUAUCUGUUUUUCUGUCUUUGCUGCUGCUCUCCCUGCCUCAGCCUCUUAUCCAAUCACAUUAAAAGGAAAAAGGAGGCGUGGUUUAAGGUUACCUCGGUAACAACCUUUCCAGGGGAAGUAAACUUAUAGAAAGUUUCUUCAGAUCAGAUUUUUUUGAUGCAUUCAGGCGAGUCAGUAAAUCUCAACACUUGUUGGAUUUCAUCGCAGUGUCAGUGUAAACGGUUGAUCUGGAGACGGUUUUCUACCAUCGACUGUAUAAAGAAUGGACGCCGUCUGCCUCCUCUCUGGGUGAAGCCAUAGCGAGAACAGCACCCUCUGGUGACGGGCUGCAGUAUAGCUCAUAAACCCCGCCUCCUUAUGGAGCUGUGGACAAACUUUAUAAAUGAAUGACACAGAAUAUAAAUGUUUCUCUCCCCUGGUUGUGAUGUUGACAUGUAGUUACUGUCAGACUGGUUUGAGCUCAAGUCCUCUUUUUUCUGUACAGCUCCAUUUUUAAAAGUUAUCAGGGGGUUCAUGUUUUCUAUGAUUGACACCUGAAACAGCCAAUGGGAGGACAGAGAUUGUGUAGCUGUUUGAGCCGCGCGUCAUCACAGCGACUCUCCCGCCGAAUGAGCACAACGCUACUGCAAAGGGGUUGUUCCAGGAAGUGGAGAAAAUCCUGGAAGCCAAGUCGUCCACAGUAUAUACAGUCUACGGUCUACUGGUCUCUACAGUCUAUUUAUAGAGAGAAAAGUCGUCGUCACGCCUGCUUUUGCUCUCCAUACUGACUGUGAACCUGCAAACGUACGACACGAGAAAACUGGAGCACUUGAGCUGAAACCUGGUCCUGCAUGAGCAGAUAAACAGGGAGGCCGGUUAGCUCACCCCCUCUGUAAAUGAUGUCGGAGUGAAGGCGACACUGAAAAUAUGAAUAACUAACCAUGUUUGGAUUAAACAGGCUGAAACCGGCAGAGCCUCCAGUAUGGUCCUUCUGUAUUCUCACUAAAUGCGUUUAAACGAGGGUCUAAAUCGACACUGACGCUUCCUCGUGCUCGGCAUCGUUGGACGACGACACUUCGAGUUUCUGGAUGAGUUUUGACACCAAACUGGGACUUGAUCAGUCUGCCGGGGUCGUUUCUUUUCCUAUUCUCAAAAACACAACACACAGAUGAAGCAGCAAGUGCUACAGACUCAGACACUCAGAUAGGAGAAGCCUCUCGCUCUGACCGUGUCCCUGCCUCUACAUUCACCUCCAGACCAACACUCCAGUCACACCGUCUUACACCCUCCCUGCUCUACACUGUACGUAUUUCCAACUCCUCUCGCGUGUGCAGAUACAGAGUCCGUCUUGUAGGAUUUCAUAGACAUAUUAGUACCACUGGGAAUGACACAGAAACACUAAGUUGGGUUAUAAGAAAGCAUAGUAUACACACUACACUUCUGUUUAAAGAGAUUGCAUGGUAGUGCGCGCUAAUAUCACGAGUAGUUUUUCAGGCGUAUACUGUGGUAGUAUGUAAUGUAUGUAUAAUGCCAUCAUUCAAGAAGCCGUUACGCGGACGCUUCUUCUCUCUGGCAGCGAUGUUCGAGGGAUGAAGCAGGACUGGGCAGUGAAAACACAGACACGCUGCUGUAG